UUCUGUGGGUUGUCGGAUGAAGCUAGUUACGCUAAAUAAAAGUUAAACGCCACACUGCUGGUGUGUCACUUAUUGAGGACGAGGACGAGGACGGAGACGAUACUGAUUACUGCUAUCAUGAAGGGGGGAAGCGAGUCGUAUUACACCGUUUCGGUUAUAUAGCGUUGCCGUAGACGACACAGAAUAAAUAGCAAGUGAAAAGGAAAAUGUCAACAACGCGGCCGCUCCCAGGCAUGAAGCGAAUCACCGAGCUUUCCUGCGCAGUGCCGCCGGGGAACAGCAGAGCUCCUGCCGCUACUACACUCCUGCCAGAUGCCUGGACCGUCGACGAAUUUACAGUGCACGAAGGCAAAGAACCCGAAUUAAAAUGCGCCAAGUCUCGAGUCGAACAAGUUUUUCAUGUAGCGUUUACAAUCAUUGGCCUGUUGGACCACACUUUAGGAGCCCACGGAAGUAAGGCGUCCAGGCAAAUCUGGCUUCAGCUGAAGGGGAAAAAAGAGGAUGUUACCAAAGCAAAGGAGUAUGUUAAAGGCCUUUGUGACCCAGAGCUGAAGAAAGAUGAAAGAUAUCCAGUGGACAUGCAUUGUAUCUUCGUUGGUGCCGGUGGGCUCUUUCUGGACCAUCUGCUGCGAGACACAAGCGCUGAGGUGCAGGUGCUGGAGCCAGGCCGUCUGAGGCUGCUGGGUUGUGCCGAAGCCGUGGUAAUGGCACAGAGCCGCGUGCAACAGUUUGUUGCCCUCUUCCAAGAGAAACGUAGCUUGCCAGCUGAUCGUGAGCCCUCAGUCAAGCGAACAUUUAAGAACUUUGUGGAGGAACGGGCAGACAAAUACACGAUGGAGCUGCUGCUUUUGCCUAGUGCUCUAAAGGAGGAGCUUUUGGGGCUGGUGCAGAGCCCCACACAACAUAUUGUAGACUUUGAGCAGGAUCGCUCUCAGACCAGCACCCCGGUCACUGAGCUUUCCAACCAAAUCCUGGUUGCAACCUUUGAGGAAAAGUCCUCCACAAAAGACAAGGCGUCCUAUGAGGACAAGGCAUCCAGCCCUGUGCUCAUGCCUGAUGUGCUGGUACUGAAUGGGCGGCCAACUCACAAGCGGCGCUCAUCUGAGAGCGAGCAAAGAGACACAAAAAGGCAGUACUCGCUGGAGAGAAGGGACGAGGACCAGGACAGAGACAGUGGCCGUGAUGACAGCAAAACACGGUCAAGACCACCUGGCAGGAUGGACAUACAGGUGUUGGACUCUGGGGAUACAUCUGAUGAGGAUGAAGCCGUGAGCCCUGAGACCAACCUGCGGUGUCUGGUGAACUUCUUCAGAACUAUGGGAUACCAGCAGGAUGUGGUAGAGCGGGUAGUGCGUGAAACAGGCCAAACUGAAGACACCUUCUUGCUGCUAGAGCGUAUUGUAGAGGAGAGCCAAAAGAGCCAAGAUGCCUCCACUAUGGCUAACCCAUGUCCAUCCACCAACUCCACUUACACUCGGCUCAAGGAGAAGGAACGGGUGCAAGGCCGUGCUCUAACAGAGAUCAAGUUAAAGGAGAAUAUCAAAGUGCACAGCAGUAAUGGUUGGAACCAGAAGAGCCAAACCAUCAAUGCAGCAUCACUGGACAAUGACGACGAUGUCAUAGAGAUUGGGAGGAAAUGCAGGACAGUCGGGCCACUGGAUCUUAAAUCAGAUUCCAGGUUUGAUUACCUGUCACGGGGUGGCUCACAGACUGUGGGGCCCAUGCGGAUGGAGACUGUUACGGCACUGCGUAGUUCUGCUUUGGAAACACGACCAAGUUGCUCCUACCAGACCUGUGCACGAGUGCCACUGCCUCACACUGAGCCACCAGCACUGCCAAAGGCCAUUCCUCUUACAGGGAUGUCCCGCUUUCAGCAAUCACUGCGCACCCCUUAUCGACUAGUCCUGCAGGAUGUACCCGGGCACCCAGACCUCCGGCACAUCAUCAUAGACGGCAGUAAUGUGGCCAUGGCACAUGGACUCCAUCGAAUCUUCUCGUGUCGUGGGAUUGCCAUUGCUGUUGAAGCCUUCUGGCGAAGGGGACAUCGAGAGAUCACAGUGUUCGUACCCCAGUGGAGGCAGAAAAAAGACCCUAACAUCACAGAACAACACUUCCUUAAUCAGCUGGAGGAUCUGCGUUUGCUGUCAUUCACCCCCUCCAGAGAGGUCUGUGGGCAAAGGAUAACAUCACAUGAUGACAGGUUCUUGCUUCAUUUAGCAGAGAAGACAGGGGGCAUCAUUGUCACUAACGACAACCUGAGAGACUUUGUUACACAGUCUGAGGCUUGGAGAAAGAUCAUACAGGAGAGACUCUUGCAGUUCACCUUUGUGGAGGAUCAUUUCAUGAUCCCAGAUGAUCCUUUAGGAAAACACGGGCCACUUUUGGAGCACUUCUUGUGCAGAGAUGGCCGAACAACUGCAAGUCAUCUCUUGCCCCCAAUAAGGAAGGACCUACAGGUCAAGCCAUCAGUUUAUGCCCAGACACACGCCCUGUUGCCCACUCAGUCCAAAUCAGUAUCGCACUUGCCCCAUUCCGGCCCACCUGACUGGCAUCCACCUCGUCCGUCCCCAUCGCCACCUCCACAGCGCUCACCCUUAGAAACUACAGAGCUGAAGAGGAAGCUGUACGACAUUUUCCCUGACCAAAAGCAGCGCAUCGACCGCAUCCUCAAUGACAACCCUUACAUGAGGGACCUGAAUGCUCUAUCAGGCCUCCUACUAGGCUGAACACAUCAAUGUUGAGACCACACGCACAACCAAUAGGCAGUGUUUCAUAUCAGUGUGACUACAGAACAAUGGUGAACAUGAACAUGACUCUCUCUUUUUUUUUUUUUAAUAAUAGUAAUUUUACUAAUAAGGCUGCAAGUGGGUUGUUCAUUUAGGGAAUUUUGUUGUUUGUUCUACUUUGCUUUCAAGAUUACAGAAUCCUUCCCAUGUAGCUACAAGCACAAUUAAUACACUUUAUUUUGGGUUUGGGUUAAACGAAGGUUCAAAGAUGUAAAGUCCAAGUGGCAUAUAUUUUAUGUACAUAUUUAUUACAUUACUAUUCUUCUUAAUUUAUCAAUGGAAAAAUCUUUGUUCUAAAAGGUGUUUUAGCCACACAUUUAAACUGGCUUUAUGGCAAUGGCUGCUGAAGGACAGAUGCUUGUUUUUGCUGUCAGAUUUGUUAACAAUGAUUUUGGGCAUUGACCCAUUUGAGUCAUACUGAAGAUGCAAUAAAGUGCCCCAGGUCAUCUGUAACUAGUCCCUUGAUUAUAGGGGUUAGAAAAUGAAUACUACUUCAUAAUGCAACUAUGGCAAUGGAUUUAUUACUAAUGCUUGAAGCAUGAAUGUAACAUUUUGGAGAAGUUCUUUGGAGAGUAGAAAAAUUCAAAUGCAAUUAAAUUACAAUGGCUUCCAACAGCUAUAUUGGAGUAUACAACUAAUGUCUAUUACGUCCUAAAUGCCUAGCACUUCAGUUAAAUCUGGAUUUUCAGAAACAAAUUACUUUAUUUAUGCAAUCUGUACUGAAUUCCUAGCAGAAUUCACAUGAAUUAAACUUCUGUCAGUA